AUGAGACGAGGAGGUUACUCCAACCGAAACAGAUCUUCUGGCAGGCCAGACAAUUGGAAGAAGCGAAGUGUAUUUACCAAGCUCCUCAAAGACGAAAAUGCGGAUAUGCGGGACACCUACCACGCGCGGAGGUUCCUGGAAGGAAUGGAAACAUUCGAGUCCAAAGCAGAGCUGCUGUCGGAACUGGACAAUCCUAGAAAUGAAGGGAAACGGCGGCUUCGAGACCUCUUGUCCUUUAUCAACUCUUCAGAAGAUGUGGAGGAAUUGCUCAUUCCUCUUUUGGGGCAUGUGAUGAAUCAGGAAACACAGAGACCAGUCUAUCGACCACUGUUGAACAAGAUGCUGCUCGAAAUCUAUCACACACCGCUCCUUAUGCAUGUCAUUGACGAGAACUGUGUCGUGGAACAACUCAGCGGCACAUCUGCCAAUCAGUUCUGUUCGUUCUUGAGGACCAUCACCAAAGCAUUCAUGGAACCAAGAAAAUGCCAGACGGUCCAGAAUCUGGCAAAAGGACUACGUGAAAGAGGCGAUGUUGAUGAAGCGAAGCGCUUGUGUGCUCUCCUGCUCCUGGACGAACGAGAGGAGGGCGAGUUGCAUCUGACACCAAAGGACAACAGGAUGAACCGCAACAAGCCAAAGGGUGUGGCAUGUUGGGUGACGGACUUGGAGCCACCCGGUGGGCGCCAUGACAAUGAUCAUCUGAACUAUAGAGACAUCCGCAUCGUGCCGACUGUCGCAGAGUUGGCAUGCGAAGAUAAGCCCUACCUGCCAUUGGCGAGUGGCGAAAACAACUUUAUCAACGACCCUGUAGCAGCGCUACUGGAUCGGAACUUUCGCCUACUUCGAGAAGAUGCUGUGAGUUCCAUGAGGACCAACAUUGCCGAAUCCGAAACCAAAUGCUGGAAGAACGCCAGGAUUGUCGACAUUCACGUAUCUUCCAAAAAACCGAGGUGGUCGGUUUUCUUUGUCAUUCAGUGUGACAGUAGAUCUGGUGGGGCAUCCAAUUGGAAACGUUUGAGAGCCUUCAUGCAUGGUUCUGUGGUGGCCCUCUGUCGGGGCGGCCGGCCCGUUCGAAUGGGAACUGUCGCGUUGCGCGAGGAUUCUAUCAGAGGGGAGUGGUUGAACGACCCAAACGGACCGAGGAUCGGCGUCUUGUUUGAGUCACAAGAAGAGUUCCGCGAUUCAAUAGAGGAAAUGGUCAAGAAUUGUGCGUGGAAUGACAAUUACUGCAAGUCGAUGGCAGAGCUUUCAGAUGUUGGGCGGAACGAUCCUUACCGCAAUGUACUGGACGAGCGGAUCCAAGUGUGUGCGGCCCAGAUGGAAACGUAUGACUUGGUGGAAGUCUCAAAGUCUUUCUUUGCGUACCAGCCCAUUCUGAGAACGCUGCAAGGGAUGGAUUCGCUCCCGUUGUCGCAUGAACUGACAGGUGCUGGCAUUGCUUCACAAAAACCAGCGUAUCUACCGGAAGAGAUUACGCUGCCCGAAAAGGACUUUGGUGGCGUGCUGUGCGACUUGAGCAACUUUUCUGUGGACAAUAUAGUGGAGCAAACGACACUCGACAAGUCUCAAGCAGAGGCACUCAAACAUACUUUGACUUCCAGCGUGGUCUUGACGCAAGGUCCGCCAGGAACUGGGAAGACUUUCAUCGGAGCCUUGGUAGCACGGAUCAUACGAGAGAAUACCGAUGAGUCUAUUCUCUGUGUGUGCCACACGAAUCACGCCCUUGAUCAAUUCCUGGAACACUUACUGUCCAUGGGAGAGACCCGCAUUGUGCGGAUGGGAGGGCGAUCUAAAUCUGACAAACUUUCUCGUUAUCAGCUGAAAGACCUUGCAAGGUCAAAGUCUCAGAACAGUACCAGUUGUCAAAAGCGUAUCAAACAGGUGCAUGCUCACCUUUACCAAGUCAAAGAAAGCAUCGAAGAGAUCAUUGAUAUUCUCAAGACCCCCCUUGGUUGGAGGCAGCCAUCAGGUGGUAUGGAGGAGUAUCUGGUGCUUGAAGCACCAAAGGUGUACGAGUUCUUCAGAGUUCCGACUGGACCCGAUGAUGGACAGUAUAAUGUGGUGGGCCGGAAGGGCAAAAAACUCAGUAGAGACUUCCUUUGGAACUGUUGGAAGCAGGGCGAAGGUUUUCCUUUGUGGUUGGAGCCGCACAUGUCAAUCAAUCAAAAUCUGAUGAAGGAGUUCUAUGCUUUUUGGAAUCUGACGUUGAACCAGCGUGCAAAGCUGAUCGACGAAUGGAGGCGCGACAUUAUGGGGUCCCAUUGUGACUGCGUGGCCGAUUUCAUGGAGGACUUCAGCCUUCAUGCAGAGGAGGACAAGACUCUCUGUCGCGAGGCAGAGCUCGAAAUCUUACGCUCAGCAAGGGUUAUUGGUGCUACUACAGCGGGAGCUGCGGUUAACCACGACAUUCUAUCAGCAAAAGCAGCGGGCGUAAUAGUAGUCGAAGAGGCUGGAGAAGUGUUGGAAUCCCAUGUGCUGACGGCUCUUGCGGGGGGCACAAGCGAAGGACACAGCAGCAAGCACCUUAUCUUGAUUGGCGAUCACAAACAGCUGCCCCCGAAGGUCGAGAACUACGAUUUGACAACAACGUCUGGGAACGGACUGAACCUGGAUUGUUCCCUUUUUGAAAGGUUGAUUCUCGGUGGUCGACCAUCUGCAGCAUUGGCAGUACAACAUCGAAUGAGACCUACCAUAUCCGCGUUGAUUCGAAGUCAGACAUAUCCGUUGUUGCGGGAUCACGAAUCGGUCUCCGGCUAUCCCGAUGUCAAGGGCGUGAGCGAAAACCUCUUGUUCAUUGAUCACAACAUACCAGAGGACGGCGCUGACGAGGAUAACACAACAACAAAAUCCAACGACUACGAGGCCAACCUGUGUGUGGAGAUUGUUCGCUUCCUCCUUCUGCAAGGUUACAGGACUGACCAACUGGUUGUUCUGACGCCCUACUUGGGCCAGUUACUCUCGAUAAUGAAUAAGCUGAAAAGCAUCCGUGACGUUGAGGCCGUUGUAAGCGACCGCGAUAUUGAGGAGUUGGACGAGCUCGAGGCGGAAGGAAACAGUCAGAGUCCAAGCCAAUCAUUCGCUACUUCAUCAUCGGAAAGGGAAAAGAAAGGCGUUCGGUGCUCGUCGAUAGACAACUACCAGGGCGAAGAAUCCGAUAUUGUUGUCAUAUCACUUGUCCGUUCGAACAAACAGGGCAACAUUGGAUUUAUGAAGGAGAGGCAGAGAGUGAAUGUGCUGCUUUCUCGGGCGCGUCAUGGCAUGUUUCUUGUUGGAAACUCAUCUACAUUGCGAAGUUCAGGGAAAGGAAGCGCUGUCUGGACCCCAAUCCUCGAACAGCUGACAGUCGCAGGGCGCGUGACGAAAGGGCUGCCAACAAUCUGUCAACUGCAUCCAAACGACGAACCAAUCGAGCUCUGUCACCCUAAGGAGUUUCGAGGUUACCGACCGAAUGGUGGCUGCUUGCGUCAAUCAGCAGGUGCGGCAAGUGCAACGGUGAACAUCAAUGCGGUCUUAAAUGUGAAAGAUUAUUGUUCUGCGGGCACCAAUGCGACCGUCCGUGCCACGAGGGCUCGAAGUGCCCACCCUGCAAGAAACCAUGUGGCUCAAGAUGCAGCCAUUCGUCGUGUCCACGGAAAUGUGAAUUUCCAUGUCCUUCAUGUGUGGAACGCUGCGAUUGGCAAUGCAUCCACCAAGGUCAAUGCCCUCUCGUUUGUGGUGCUCCAUGCGCCCGCCUUCCCUGCAAUGAGCGAUGCGUUAAAAUCCUGUCGUGCGGCCACCAAUGCCCUUCGGUUUGUGGCGAAGAUUGUCCCGACUCAUCCUUUUGCCAACAGUGCGGUGCAAACAAGCACUUGA